UGUCCUGCGGGGUUGGUUACGCUGCAGUACGGCGGCUCUGAGAGAAGUAAACGGAGACGAAAAGGAAAAAAAAAAUACUGGCAGCAGGAAAGGAUUUUUAUUUUUGAAGACAUUUUUAAAUUGACUUUAUUUUUUUUUAGAAAAUAAUUACAAUGGAUCAUAAACGAUGAGGGAUCUACUGGGAAGCUCAAGUUGACUGAAUUAUGGCUCAGUUUUCAACACCUUUUGGGGGGGGCCUGGAUGUCUGGGUCAUCACUGCGGAGGAGCGAAAUAAACAUGAUCAGCAGUUUUACAGCUUGAAUCCCACGUCUGGGUUUAUCACUGGUGAUCAAGCAAGAAAUUUCUUUCUUCAGUCUGGACUUCCCCCUCCCAUUCUUGCACAAAUAUGGGCCCUGGCUGACAUGAACAAUGAUGGGAGGAUGGACCAGCAUGAGUUCUCCAUCGCCAUGAAGCUGAUUAAACUGAAACUGCAGGGUCAUUCGCUCCCUCCUUCACUGCCCCUUGUCAUGAAACAACCCCCCCUUCCUGCUGCUCCAGGGUUUGGAAUGGGCGGCAUGGCUGCUAUACCUGGAAUAGCAGGAGUUGGAAUGUCGCCCCCUUUGGGGAAAUCUGUUCCGUCAGCAGUGCCGCCAAUGGCUAAUGGGGCACCUGUGAUGAUCCAGCCUCUGCCUGGCUUUGCUCAUUCAGCUGCUGCUGCAACACUCAAGAGUUCUUCCUUAAACCGAUCUGGACCAAAACUACAAAAAGCCCAGUCAUUUGACGUUGCAAAUGCAGCAUCCAGUGCAGCGUCCGCUGCUGCUUGUGUGGAUUGGGCUGUCCCGCAGUCCUCCCGGCUAAAGUACAGGCAGCUCUUCAACAGCCAGGACAAAAUGAUGUGCGGACAUUUAACAGGUCUUCAGGCAAGAACUAUCCUGAUGCAGUCCAGUUUACCACAAGCUCAGUUAGCUUCUAUCUGGAAUCUUUCAGACAUUGAUCAAGAUGGGAAGCUUACAGCAGAAGAGUUCAUUCUGGCCAUGCACUUAAUAGAUAUGGCCAUGUCAGGCCAGCCUUUACCACCUGUGCUGCCUCCGGAUUUCAUUCCUCCUGCUUUCAGAAGAGUUCGCUCUGGCAGUGGUAUUUCUAUGACAAGCUUACAUUUAGAACAAAGAGUACCUGAGGAACCUGCGGAGGAGGAACAGCAGCAGCAGCAGAAGAAUCUGCCAGUGUCGUUCGAGGACAAAAAGCGUGAGAACUUUGAGCGGGGUAACCUGGAGCUGGAGAAGCGACGCCAAGCCCUUCUGGAGCAGCAGCGCAAGGAGCAGGAGCGUCUGGCAGCUCUGGAGAGGCAGGAGCAGGAGCGGCGAGAGAGGGAGCGGCUGGAGCAGGAGCGCCGCCGCCAGAUGGAGCUGGAGAGACAGCUGGAGAGGCAGAGAGAGCUGGAGCGGCAGCGCGAGGAGGAGCGGAGGAAGGAGAUCGAGAGGAAGGAGGCUGCGAAACGAGAACUUGAAAGGCAACGUCAACUUGAGUGGGAGCGGAAUCGACGACAAGAGCUGCUCAACCAGAGGAACAAAGAACAAGAGAACAUUGUGGUCUUAAAAGACAGGAAAAAGACACUAGAAUUUGAAUUGGAAGCUCUCAAUGAUAAGAAACAUCAGUUGGAGGGGAAGCUGCAGGAUGUCCGGUUCCGUCUGUCUGCUCAGCGGCAUGAAAUUGAGAGUACCAACAAGACAAGGGAGCUGAGGAUCGCUGAAAUCACAUAUCUUCAGCAGCAGCUACAGGAGUCUCAACAGUUGCUCGGAAGGUUGAUUCCAGAGAAGCAAUCCCUGAAUGACCAAUUAAAGCAGGUGCAGCAAAACAGUUUACAUAGAGAUACCCUUCUGAGCAUCAGAAAAACCUUAGAAGUGAAGGAGUCCACUCGGCAGCAGCUGCGAGACCAGCUGGACGAGGUGGAGAAAGAGACGCGGUCCAGACUGCUGGAGAUCGACACUUUCAACAAUCAAUUAAAGGAACUACGAGCAAUCCACAGCAAACGGCAGCGGCAAAAGCAGAUGGAAAUUGAAGUAGAGAUCCAGAAACAAAAGGAGAAAGAAUGGAAAACUGCAGAGCUAGAAAGACAAGAAGCCCAAAGAAGAGUGCAUGAAGAGGACAAGCCGAGACCAGACGACAACAGGGAUUGUAAAGACAUGCAGGACAAACUCAACAAGAUCUUCAUGCAGCAACCAGAACCGGGCAAGCUGCCAGCCCAGUCCGCCUGGCCCACUGCUGAAAAAUUGCCAGUGACUGGUUUUGAUCAGGAUAAAGUGAAGGUUGUGUUCUAUAGAGCUCUUUAUCCUUUUGACGCCAGAAGCCUUGAUGAAAUUACAAUUCAACCUGGAGAUAUUGUUCUGGUGGAUGAAAGUCAGACGGGAGAGCCUGGCUGGCUUGGAGGGGAACUAAAGGGUAAAACGGGCUGGUUCCCAGCGAACUAUGCAGAGAAGAUGCCAGAGAAUGAGGUUCCAGCCAAUCUGAAACAUGGAGCGGCGGCUGCCCCAAAACUGUCCGCCCGUGUUACGCCAACUAGCACUGCGACACAGCCACCACCAGCAGAGCCAGUCGUGCCACCGACCAUCCCUUCAACAACAUCCAGCAACUGGGCUGACUUCAGCGCCAAAUGGCCAACUAACAGCACUGAAAAGUCAGAUGGUGAUAACUGGGACCCCUGGCCCACCCAGCCCUCUCUGACGGUGCCCAGUACAGGGCAGCUUCGACAGAGAUCUGCCUUCACGCCUGCCACUGUCACAGGGUCCUCUCCCUCUCCUGUUUUAGGGCAGGGGGAGAAGGUGGAGGGUCUCCAGGCGCAGGCCUUGUAUCCGUGGCGAGCAAAGAAGGAUAAUCACCUGAACUUUAACAAGAAUGACGUCAUCACAGUGCUGGAGCAGCAGGACAUGUGGUGGUUUGGGGAUGUGCAGGGCCAGAAGGGCUGGUUCCCCAAGUCCUAUGUCAAACUCAUUUCAGGGCCAAUGAGGAAAUCCAUCAGCAUUGAUUCUGGUUCUUCUGAUAGCCCACCCAUCCAGAAGAGGCCAACACCUUCUCCUAGUAAACCCACUGACCCAGGAGAAGAAUAUAUAGCAAUGUACACCUACGAAAGCAAUGAGCAAGGAGACUUGACAUUCCAGCAAGGGGAUGUGAUUCUUGUAACUAGAAAGGAAGGUGACUGGUGGACUGGAGUAGUUUCAGAUCGGACUGGAGUUUUCCCUUCCAACUAUGUCAAACCCAAGGAUUCUGAGGAAGCUGGCUCGGCAGGGAAGACAGGUAGCCUGGGAAAGAAGCCAGAAAUUGCCCAAGUCAUUGCGCCCUACACAGCGACGGGCACUGAACAGCUCACCCUGGCUCCUGGGCAGCUCAUACUCAUUAGAAAGAAGAACCCAGGGGGGUGGUGGGAAGGGGAGCUACAGGCUAGAGGGAAGAAACGACAAAUAGGGUGGUUCCCAGCUAAUUAUGUUAAGAUGUUAAGCCCCAAUACCAGUAAAUGUACUCCAAGUGAUCCCCCCAAACCCACAGCUCCUAAUGCAGUAUGCCAGGUGAUAGGCAUGUACGACUACAUUGCACAGAAUGAUGAUGAGCUUGCCUUUGGAAAAGGACAAAUUCUAAACGUUUUGAGCAAGGAGGACCCUGAUUGGUGGAAAGGGGAACUAAACGGCUCUGUGGGGCUAUUUCCAUCUAACUACGUCAAACUAACGACCGACACAGACCCCAGUCAGCAAUGGUGCGCCGAUUUACACCUAUUGGACAUGCUGACCCCCACGGAGAGAAAGAGGCAAGGGUACAUUCAUGAGCUGAUUGUGACAGAAGAGAAUUACGUCAAUGACCUCCAGCUGGUCACUGAGACCUUUCAGAAGCCCAUGUUAGAGUCUGAGCUACUGACCGAGAAGGAGGUGGCCAUGAUUUUUGUGAACUGGAAAGAACUGAUCAUGUGCAACAUCAAGCUACUGAAGGCGUUGCGGGUGCGCAAAAAGAUGUCUGGGGAGAGGAUGCCAGUGAAGAUGAUUGGUGACAUUCUGACUGCCCAGUUACCGCACAUGCAGCCCUACAUUCGAUUCUGCAGCUGCCAGCUGAACGGAGCCACCCUCAUCCAGCAGAAGACAGACGAGGUGCCUGAGUUCAAGGAGUUUCUCAAAAGGUUAGCGAUGGACCCACGCUGCAAAGGGAUGCCACUGUCUAGUUUUUUACUAAAGCCAAUGCAAAGAGUUACAAGAUAUCCACUAAUCAUUAAAAAUAUCUUGGAGAAUACCCCUGAGAACCACACAGACUACAGCCACCUGAAGCAGGCACUGGAGAAGGCAGAGGAGCUGUGCUCCCAGGUCAACGAGGGAGUACGUGAGAAGGAGAACUCUGAUCGACUAGAAUGGAUUCAGGCCCACGUCCAGUGUGAGGGCCUGUCUGAGCAACUUGUAUUUAACUCUGUGACCAACUGCCUGGGGCCACGGAAGUUCCUUCACAGCGGGAAACUGUACAAGGCAAAGAGCAACAAGGAGCUGUACGGCUUCCUCUUCAACGACUUCCUGCUGCUCACACAGGUCAUCAAACCACUUGGCUCCUCUGGAACAGACAAGGUCUUCAGCCCCAAAUCCAUCCUGCAGUACAAGAUGUACAAGACUCCUAUAUUUCUGAAUGAAGUGCUUGUGAAAUUGCCCACUGACCCAUCAGGAGACGAGCCCAUUUUCCACAUCUCCCACAUUGACAGAGUCUACACACUCCGAGCAGAGAGCAUCAAUGAGAGAACUGCUUGGGUUCAGAAGAUUAAAGCCGCUUCUGAACUUUACAUUGAAACUGAAAAAAAGAAAAGGGAAAAGGCUUAUUUAGUUCGUUCUCAGAGAGCAACAGGAAUUGGCCGUCUGAUGGUGAAUAUUGUGGAAGGCAUUGAGUUAAAACCCUGCAGGUCACAUGGAAAGAGCAACCCAUACUGUGAGGUGACCAUGGGCUCUCAAUGCCACAUUACCAAGACCAUGCAGGACACUCUGAACCCCAAGUGGAAUUCCAACUGCCAAUUCUUCAUCAAGGACCUGGAGCAGGACGUGCUGUGUGUUACAGUGUUCGAGCGCGACCAGUUCUCUCCUGAUGAUUUCCUGGGAAGGACCGAAAUCCGGGUCACUGAUAUAAAGAAAGACCAGGGUUCUAAGGGACCAAUCACCAAGCGGCUUCUCCUGCAUGAAGUCCCUACGGGAGAGAUAGUUGUGCGUCUGGACCUGCAGUUGUUUGAGGAACCAUAGGAACCAAACAUACUUACUAUUAUUUAUGUUUCAAAGUCAAAAGCUGCACAGAGCAACUGAUGGGUAUCUGCAAAAGCUGUUGGGACAAAACAAGGGUCAGACACGUUUUAAAAAAUAUUUAUGUGGGUGGUUUUGCGUUGCAGACUGGUACAAACUUAAUCCUAAUGGUCAUUACAAAUCAACAGGCAAUGUAUAUUACUGACAACAAUUGUAUUCUAACCACAUUCUGUAAUACUGUACAUUAUGGUAAUAAAUCAUUACCUUUUACAUAUUCACAGGACA